AUGAAGGACGGGAUCGCCAACAACAGCACGGCCAGCAUCUCCCAAGCCAGGAAAGCUGUGGAGCAGCUGAAGAUGGAGGCCUGCAUGGAUAGGAUAAAGGUAUCCAAAGCAGCCGCAGACCUGAUGGCGUACUGCGACGCCCACAUACGCGAGGACCCCCUCAUUGUGCCCGUCCCUGCCUCCGAGAACCCUUUCCGGGAGAAGAAGUUCUUCUGCACCAUCCUCUGAUGACCCGCGGGUAGAGCUGUACAGGUGCAGGCAUGGUGUUGCCUGGCUUCUCUGUCUUCACCACACCUGAAGCUACUGGCCAUAGGCAUUGAGUUGAGUUUUGCCAGGUGGACACUCUGUUGUUGGUCAGCUCUGUCCUGGUGGCUGAAGGUUUUGGGGGGAGUCGGCUACCAAACUGGCAACCCAGUGAGCGUAUCAUGUCUUGUUAAAUAGGUUUGUUAUUGCUUUGUUAUUAGAGAACAGCCUUGCUCAGUGCUUAAUGAGAUGAGAGAUGUUUUUUUUUUUUUUCUUUCUUUCUUUUUCGUUUCUUUUCUUGUGCUAGAUCUUAACUCGCCUCAGGAAACAGAAAUUUGCCCAGCAUCUGCAACUUUUUUAAACAUUUAUUCCCAUUCCCUUUAUCCGAAUAAUAAUAAUUAAAAAAAGCAUAAAUCUUUGUAUUACCUUGAAUAUAAUUUGAGUUAGUUUUCUUUUUUUUUAUUAUUAUUUUAUUGCUCUCAGUGUGCACGUUUGACUAUUUGUAGCAACACUUACUGAAAGCACCACUGGAAUUCGACACUUCCCUCACUAGUGGUUUCAGUUUCAAUUUGCCUCCAGAGUCGCCGACAAUUAACCCGCCUCGUUUUAGCGCUGCAGUAAAGUCAGCUUCAGAUUGAGUGCACAGAAACACCAACCUGAUCCCACGUAGUAAAUAAUUU